AUCGACAGCUUCUCAAGGUCGCGGCAGUGGCACAUUUGAAACGACCCCCGCAGAAGAAAUAUCGAAAUGUCCCCAGGUCAAUCUAUAGCGGAAAUUGAGCCCACACGGCCGGUAUCGGAGCAGACGCCUCUGCUUGGGGACCAGGACCAGAAUGAUUCCUAUCAGCCUGGGGACUCUGCGGUGCCCUUUGCCGACGAACCCACCACCCGGGAGCUGAUCCUGGUGAUGGGGAGUGUCUGGGUCGGUGUCUUCCUCGCUGCAUUGGAUACCACGAUUGUCGCGACGCUAAGCGCUCCGAUCUCCUCGUCCUUCCACUCCUUAUCGCUACUCUCAUGGCUGGCCACCUCCUACCUGAUCUCCAAUGCCGCCUUCCAGCCGCUAAGUGGUCGUCUCACGGAUAUCUUCUCUCGUCGGGCAGGGCUAGUAUUCUCGAAUAUCUUCUUCGCUGCAGGGACUUUAAUGUGUGGUCUUGCCAAGAGUGAAGGUGCCAUUAUUGCCGGUCGUGUCAUUGCGGGUAUCGGAGGGGGUGGCUUGACGGCAAUCUCGACCAUCAUCAACUCGGAUUUGGUCCCGCUACGAAAGCGAGGGAUCUGGCAGGGAAUUGGCAACAUUUGCUACGGGGCCGGAAGCGGUCUCGGGGGUGUCUUCGGCGGCUGGAUCAACGACACGCUGGGAUGGCGGUGGGCUUUCCUGAUCCAGGUGCCCUUCAUUGUGGUCUCGGGUAUUCUGGUGACCGUCAUGGUAAAAGUGCCGGUCAAGGAAACAGACGAUGCCAAACUGAAGCGGGUGGACUUCUUCGGAGCAUUGACACUGGUCACAACGUUGGUGUUGUUCCUGCUUGGGCUCAACACGGGGGGUAACCAAGUUCCAUGGACGCACCCCCUCAUUCUGGUCUCACUGCCGCUGUCCGCCGUAUCUUUUGCUCUCUUCCUCUAUAUCGAAGCGAAGGUUGCGUCCGAGCCGGUCAUCCCGGUCCGUCUUCUUCUGGACCGAACGGUUCUCUCUGCGUGCUUGACCAAUUGGUUCAGCACCAUGGUUGUCUUCGGGCUCUUGUUUUACCUGCCCAUAUUCUUCCAAGUCCAGGGAUUCUCAGCCACGGCCGCAGGUGUGCGCUUGAUCCCGCAGGCUGUGGGAACGUCCAUUGGUUCGUUGGGAGCUGGCUUUCUCAUGCGUCACACCGGGCGCUACAAAGUGUUUGUUCGCAUCACCCUGGCUCUUCUGGUCAUCUCCGCCAUUCUGAUCAGCACAUUAAACCUCACCACUCCGUCAUGGUUACCGUUUAUUUACUUCUUCCUGAUGGGCACGGCGUACGGCAGUAUGCUGACGCUGACCUUGGUGGCGCUCAUCUCGGCGGUGGACCACGAACACCAUGCCGUGAUCACCUCUGCGUCGUAUGCUUUCCGCAGCACGGGCAGCACGAUUGGAAUUACGGUCGCCUCGGCCGUCUUCCAGAAUAUCUUAAAGUCGGGACUCUGGAGGCGAUUUGGAGAUCGAGAUCAUGCGGGAGAGUUGAUCUCCAAGAUCCGAGACAGUCUCGAUGAGAUCUCCCGUCUCCCGGCGGACUGGAUCCCGGGGGUAUUGGAUGCGUAUAUCGACUCGUUGCGGGCGGUGUUUCUUACAUUGCUGGGAUUGGCGGUGCUGGGGGCGUUGGUUAGCAUGGGGAUGCGCGAGCACAAGCUACAUUCCAAUCUCUCUCGCCGGGAAGAUUAGAGUAGAUGUACAUACAUGGCAUUAUUUAGGUAUACUAGGUAUACUAGGUAUCUUACAC